UGCAAUCAACACUCUGAUACAAUCCUUUUUCCCUAAUCCAUUUAUCCAUUUCACAAUAAAUAGGGAAGAAAAUUUAUUAAGAACAGCCUGUGAAGCACCGUUUGUCUCACCUCUCCUUUCACUGUAAGAUCUUAACAUCUCUCCCUCUCUCUAUCAGUCAUCACCGCCAUGGCUUCCGACCUCUCCAUGAUCCUCCCAAGAGUCCUCAUCGUCUCAAGACGAACAGUUCGUAAGAACAAGUUCGUAGAUUUUGUAGGCGAAUACCAUCUCGAUCUCAUAGUAAGUUAUGGAGCAGCACCGGUAAUCGUCCCUCGAGUAGCCGGAGUCCACACGCUAUUGGACAGUUUCGAGCCAAUCCAUGGAGUUCUCCUCUGCGAAGGAGAAGACAUCGACCCAUCACUGUAUGAUGCCGAACUAUCAGAUCUUUCAGAAAAAGAAUUGGAGGAGAUCAGGCAAUUGCAUGCAAGCGAUACUGCAAUUGACAGAGAGAAGGACACGAUCGAACUGAGGCUCGCUAAGCUGUGCCUCGAAAGGAACAUACCCUACCUGGGGAUCUGCAGGGGGUCACAGGUCCUAAACAUUGCAUGUGGGGGUUCCCUAUAUCAAGACAUUGGGAAAGAGCUCUCAAAGAAAUGCCCAGAUGGUCAAAGUGUAGUUCACAUUGAUUACGAUAACUACGACGGGCAUCGACAUCCUGUGAAGGUGAUGAAGAACACCCCUCUACAAGACUGGUUUAAGGCGUCGCUGGAUAAGGAUAAGAUGGAGCUUUGGGUGAAUAGCUACCACCAUCAAGGUGUCAAAAGAUUAGCCCAGAGAUUUGUUCCCAUGGUUUUCGCUCCAGAUGGCCUGGUUGAAGGUUUCUACGAUCCAGAUGCCUAUAAUCCCGAAGAGGGUAAGUUCAUUUUGGGCCUCCAAUUCCAUCCAGAGAGAAUGAGGCGGCCGGGUUCGGACGAUUUCGAUUACCCUGGUUGCCCACGUGCGUAUCAGGAAUUUGUGAAGGCUGUGGUUGCUUACCAGAAGAAGUUGAAUAGCAUGAAAAGCGUGCCAAAAGGUGUGAAGCUUGAUCAGGAAAUGGAAAAGAAGAGAAAGAUAAUUGUUAGGAGUUUCUCAAUGGCGAGAGACAUGUACGUUACAAAGCGUGAGUUUCCUCCGUCGGAAAAAAGCUAUCUUCAAGCCGGAGCUGAGUUUCUUGUGUCGAAUACAGCUCUGAGCAUGCAACAGGAGAAGAGAUUGAAGCAGAUGGGUGCAACGGUUAGGAAUGCGUAUUCGUAUCUAGAGAAGCUGAAGAUGAACGAGGAGAGGGAGAGAUUGGCAAGGAAUAUAAUGGCGAAAAUGCCAGUAGAACAAUUGUCUGAUCUAAUGUCUUUCUACCACACGAUGGGGAUUGUAUGCUCGGAGUUGUUGGAGAGAAAGCUCCAGUCCCUUAGUGGAAGUUAGUUCAUGACUUCUUGGGUUCUCCUCUCUCUCUCUCUCUCUCUCGGAUCUGUUGUGGAAAAGCUGUACUUCUCUUGUAACUUCUAAGGCUUGAAAAUGGAAUUUGAUCGGGUUGGCCCUUGUGUUCUUCUUUUUGUGUCUCUUAACUUGUUGUAGUGUUGUUUUCUGGUCCUCGCAAGCAAAGAAAAAAUGGAAGCUGUUGUGGUUUUGGCUGUAAAGUUAGGGUUUAUAAGAACUAAUUGCUUUC